GCUACUCAGGUGUUCCAAUGGUUUCUAGUUCGCCCUGUGGUACUGAAUCAGUGUCGGUCACAAAUGGUGGCACCGAGUUUCGAGAACACUUCAGCUACUACAGGCCACCAAGCGAUUGGGUACCGGCGUAAAUUGUAUAUUCUAGCGGCAUAACAGACGCAGGUGAAGUGGGGAAGUAAGAGCGACCUUCACCGCAGGCACGGAAGAAGUGUUGACGGGACAGCCUGCGAUAUUCCCCCGAGACCUUAGCGUGACUCCCUCGAUGAGGUUGCGUUCGUUGCGUUGGAUGUGAGGCGCGGGAAUCGAUGAUGGCUCCCGCCAGCACGGCGCGACACGACCCGCGCUCGUACGUCCAGGUCAAGUCGCUCCCCAUCCCGACGCAAAAAGGCCUGAAGCUCCAGGCGCGCUCGGAGACCGUGUACAACCCGACGACGCCAACGAGAGAGGAGGUUUUCCGCGAGAACUAUGGCAGGAGGCUGAAGCAGACCACGAGACAGGGCUACCGCUCGCGUAUCGAUAAACCCUACCAGGAGCUGGGAGGUCCCAUCCACUUAGACGAGAGAAAACUGAUCUUGUCAGCUUUGGGACAGCUGAAAGAGCAAGAGGCAGUGGACCGAGCCUUGGCAGAUAAACGGAGGGAGGAAGAGCAAGAACGGGAACAGCAGCUUCUAAAGGAUGCAGAAGAACAGAUACAGCAGCAGCAGAGAAGGACUGCUGCCCAGUUUGUCUUGAGGAAACAGAAAAAGGAGCUGAACAGUCUCAACAGCCAGUUUAAGAAACAGAGGUCCCUGAUGCAGUCAGUGCGGUUGGGUAAGGGUCUGUUUCGCCUGAUGAAUGACGAGGAAGCGGCGCACGAGGACGCCCAGGCCGAGCAGACGCGCCGACAGGAGAUGGAGAAACUGUCGUCAUGGCAACCACCAACGGCGGGUUCCUCCUCCGACGAGGAAGACUCUGAUGAUGACUUGUCUAAAGACGAGGACUUGGGAAAGUUUUUCCAAACAGAAGUUCCAGAGGGGAGCAGUUCGAGAACAAAAAGUGCUGCUACGAGUCAUGCUGGCACAAUUGACAUCGCGGCCCAGUCGGAGUUUGCACCGUCCGUUCGCACACGUUCCGCCGUCAGCACGAAGAAGAAGAAAGGUCCGCACAGCGCCCCUCCGCGACCUUUCACCCCCUGUUACUCCAACAUCAACGCACACCAACCUGCAACACCCAUUGAGCUAGAAAGUUUUUUCCGUCAGCUGUGUGCUCUGAACUGGAUCCUGGAGUCCAUGUCUCUGGAGGGUCCCAGUGUCAUGAUGCCCAUCUCUUCAUGUUGGGACCUCAAGGAACCCGGAGGUACGAAGACAACCCAACAGAAACUGAAGAAGGAGAAAAUGACGGAGACAAAGUGGGCCCAGUUCAUCUCACAGCCAAGAAUAGACAGACAAACCAGACUGAGUAUCAGACUAGCUGCAGGGUCUCGUCGACCGUCUAGCGCGCGGAAAGUCUCCAUCGCUCGCUCGCCGAGCGUCAGCAGUCGUCCCGGGAGUCACAGCUCCGGUCGGGUCUCCCCAGGACCCCCCUCCCCCAGUCCCGUACCCCCCACCCCUCCCACCCCGACGGUGACCACCAGCCCGGUAACCGCUCCAGACAUCGUGGUUAGUGAAGAUGUACCAGAGGCAGAUGAAGUGGAUGAGGUGUAUGACAAAGCCCUUCUGAAGUUCCUGUCAGAUAUCAGUGCAGACUUGCAGAAGGAGGCUGAGGAGGGGUUAGCGCAGGACGGAGACUUGAGACCGGGGAGCGCGGAAGACUCUGCCUCCAGACGGGACACCCCCACUAUCACAAUCAAUUCUCCCAGGGCUGUGGACAGAAUGUCCAUGCAGACGGUGGGGAGGGGGGCACGAGCCAUGAUGGCGCUCAGGAAACAGUCGCGUGCUUACGGCAUGCCAGGAUCCGCUCGAAAUCCCUCCCCCACAGAUGAGGUGCGUUCACAGCUUGCUGACUACAGACUCAGGGGAACCCCUUCCACACCCUCCACCAAAUCCCUGCCUGCCAGACCUCUUAGCUCGCCAGCGUACUUUGCGCUGUACAUGGACUUCCCGAGCGUGCGGCAGCAGGGCAUGCCGCUGGAGAUGAAGCAGAGGUUUGCAGACGUCACGGCUGAGAAGUCCCUCACUCUCCACGACAAUCUGGAGGCUCUGGACAGGAAAAGAAAACAGAAGUGUGAGACUAAGUUCCGGACGCUGGGCCACCCGACCAGUUUCUUCCGUGCGGUGGAUAAGAUGAAGACGGCGGUGCAGGAGGAGGAGAGACGGGAGCAGGAGGAGUACGAGAACCUGCGCCGACAGAAGGUCCACGCUCCAUGGUAUAAGGACCUACAGGAGAACCUGCCACCAAACAUCAGGGACGACAGAUUCUGUCUCAACAUCCUGGAGAAAAUCUCCAGAUACGGCAUUUUUGUUCGAGAGAAGAUCAUUGAGAUGCCAACAGAGGAUUAUGAAGAGUGGCUGGACACCAGACUACAGACCAGGGCCAAAAGUGCUCCCCCUGGGGGGAAACGGUAGCACUGCAGGACAUUUUCCAGCCACGAGAUGAUCCCUAGGAAGUUUUGUAAGGCCACACCAAGUAAAUUUUAUGGAUGACGUCCUUUGCAGACCCUAAAUCUAAUGCGAGAGGGCGAGAAAAAAAACAAGAAGGGCCCUAAAAAACAAGAUGCCUA